AUGUCACAGCUCGUCCAGCCAGUAGCAUGGCUUCUAGCGCUCAGCUUGCUGAUUCUGACCUGCGCCGACAUGGAGCCACGCUCAGGCAAGUCCUGGUGGCCCAGAGAUUUGUCGGCUCGGGGGAGUUUACGGAGGUUGGCCGGAGCCGACACCGAGACACCAGCAGCUCCUGUUUGCGAGUCCGGCUACAUGGACUCGACACAGGGCCAUGCCUACAUCCGGAGCUGUGCUAGCAAUUGCCCUGGCGGCCGGAAUUACGCCACAGAACAAUGCUCUUGUGCUUGCAUCGCCAGCUCGAUGGAGUCAACCAGGGACCACACGCUAGCUACCACCACACCUUCGCAAGUGGACAGCGGUGAACGGACCAUGCGAAUAAA